AUGAGGGAUAAGGGAGGAAAGGCCCCAGGGGCAGCCGCUGGUGAAAAGAGGUCAAAGCGGAAGGAAGACCCCGCUCCGGAGCCUGUCAAGAAGCCGAGGAUAAAUGAGGCACUAAGAAAAAAUCCAACAGCCCCUCGGCGAGCGACAAAGCAGGAGAAGGGGAAGGGUAAAGCGGUGGAAGAAGAAGCACAUAAGGACAUGAUCCCGUUUUCCAGAAUCAAGAAAGGAAUCACUAUACGAGAACCCACUGCUCAACCCGAACGACCUUCACUAGCAAGGCCAACAACAGAGGGUGAGUCAACUGCUGCUAGACCAGGCAAUGAAACCACCCCCGUUAACCAGUCGGGAGCGGUGGAGCCUACUGCUACUGGACUAGAGGAGGAGCGGGAGACUGUUAUCACUGAAGAAACCAUCGGCGGGAUUGACGUCACAGUAGAAUCCUACAAAGAACACUCCGUCGAGGUCCCUAUUGCCACAACCGCUGAAGCUUCCAAUGAAACUGAAAGGGUCGAGGCAGUCAUAACAAAUCUUCCCAUUCCGCAGGCGUCUCCACACAGUCCCAAAACACCAAUAGUAACUGGAACACCUGCAGAAACUCUAACUCUGGCCUCAGAUAAAUCUGACAAAACAAUCUUCGAUGAGGAGGAGGAUGAAGAGGAAAAGAGAUUUCGGGAGGAACAAGCUCAGCUGCUCGCCGCAAUGCAACAAUUAUAA